AUCAAGGGUCUUUAUGAGGUCAGUGCCAUCAUGUCUCUGUUAUGGAUCACAGUCCUUAUUCUUCAUCAAGGAUAUGCCUUAGUUCCUGUGGUCACUGUUCAGCUUGGCAAACCUGUAACUUUUACCUGUGCAAAUAAGGAGUCCACAGCAUGGAUUCACUGGUACAAGCAAACUUCUGGAGAUAAUCUGAAAAUGAUUGUAAAGCAGAGAAAAACCCUAGAUCCCCAUUAUAGCCCAGAAUUUCCUUCUUCAAGAUUCAAAGUUACAAAUGAUGAUAAAAUAAGCAACCUCACAAUUCUGAGGACAGCUGGACAAGACGAGGGAAUGUAUCACUGUGCUCUUUUAGACUAUAAAGAGUUUACUUGGAUGGGGACGUAUUUGAUGGUAAAAGGAAACUCAAAGAAGACAUCCAGCUACACUGUUGUUCAGCAGUCAACAGCCUCAGAGUCGUCCGGUCCAGAAGACUCAGAGACUCUGCAGUGUUCAGUUCUCUCUGAGUCAGAAAACAAUUCUUGUUCAGAAGAUCUCAGCAUGUUCUGGUUCAAAGCUGGAUCCAACAGAUCCUAUCCAAAUAUCAUCUACACUGAUAGUAAAAGAGCUGAUAACUGUGAGAAACGUACAAAUACCCCCCAAAAAUGUAUCUAUAACUUCCCCAAGAACAUUAGCUCCUCUGACCCUGGGACUUACUACUGUGCUGUGGCUACAUGUGGAGAAAUCUUAUUAGGAAAUGUAAUCAGAAAGGAAGGAGGUCAAACACCACUUUUUAAAAUUCCGAUUCUGCUGAUCACAAUAACCAUUAUGACCUUUUCUCUGACUGUAAAUGUAAUUUUGAUCUGUUACCAAAGUCACGACUUAGCAGGUCAAAUCAUCAAAGAAACUUCCUCUGAAGAAGAGAGGAAAAAGUUCAACCAACAAAGAGAUGAAAUUCCUGAGGACAGGAUCUGGUCUACUGUGCGUUACAUUUUUUUGAAGGAAAGACGCCUAGAGGAACAAAGAAGAGCAAAUUGAAGAUAAAAAAAAACCUGUUUGAAUGAAUGUCGAGAUGAAAUUUGUACUCUUUCCCAAAAACAACGCCUUUCUCCUUGUGUUAUCAUAGCUUUGUUUUAUUUUUAUUUUUUACAAGUUGUUUAUUUUAGAAAAAUAAUGUUACAUAUAUCACAGGCCGUAGCAACCAAGCCUAUCCAGUGCUGUUUUCAAUUAUUUACAGAUCCUGAAAAUAAGCUUUCUAAUGAGGUGAAACUUAUGAAAAUUGAAUAAGACCUGUAUAUAUCAAUGCUGGAACUCUGCAAAGAGCAUUAAGUUUAAAAACCAGACCAUGAAAAUUUAAACACCAUAAUUGAAAACAUUGAAAAA